AGUUAGUGACUUUGAGAUAAUGGUUUCCACGGGAUUGUUAUUACUUCUAUCUGCCUGCUGCAUCUCGCUGGCAUCUGCCGGAUUUGGCAUAGGCCUCGGAGUCAGUGGCCUGGGACUGGGAGGCGGUAGCGGACCUGCCCAAGCAAGUCUUCCUGGAUUGAAUUUGGGUGGAGGAUAUAGUGGAGGAAAUCCGAUUGGACUUUCUGCCAGCGCAUCACAUAACGCUGGAUCUUCAGGAUCGAUUCUGCAUCAGGCUGCCAACGGUCUGCUGGGCGCUGCAGGCGCUGGAGCCAACGCAGUCCACUCUGCAGGAUCAACUGCAGCCGCUCACGGGGCUCAGGCCGUCAAUGGACUGCUGGGAACGGCGCAAUCUGGAGCCAAUGCUGUUCACUCCGCAGGAUCAACUGCAGCCAACCAUGGAGCUGAGGCUGUAAACGGUCUUUUGGGAGCAGCAGGAUCUGCAGUUGAUGCUGUACACUCUACAGGAUCCACUGGGGCUUCCAUUGCGGCUGAUCAUGCGCACAAUGUUGCCACUGGAGGUUCUGGUUCGGGCUCAGCUUCCCUGGGCACUGGGCAUUUGAGUAUCGGAGCCACGGGACAUGCAGACUCCGCUCCAUUGCACUCCGGUCACAUAAGUGUCGGAUCCUCUGGCAGCACCGGUUUAGCAACCAUUGGAUCUACUAACGCAGUGCUCAAUGCAGCGGGAUCUGGGGCUUCGGGAUCAACAGCUGCCACCCAUGGAUCUCAAGUUGUCAAUGGAGUACUUGGAGUGGCAGGAACCGGAGCCAAUGUGGUACACUCCGCAGGAUCAACUGUAGCAUCCCAUGAAGCUCAGGUCGCUAACGGAGUCCUGGGAGUGGCAGCCACUGGCGCCAAUGUGAUACACUCCGCAGGAUCAACUGCUGCAUCCCACGGAGUUCAAGCCGCUAGUGGAGUCCUGGGGGUGGCAGCCACUGGCGCCAAUAUAGUCCACUCUGCAGGAUCAAUUGCUGCCUCCCAUGGAGCUCAAGCAGCAAAGGAAGUGACCAACGGAGUGGUAAACGGUGGAUCCGCCGGUCAACUGACCAUUGGAUCGUCUGGCAUCUCGGGCUCCAGUUCACUGCACUCCACUUCUGGGACUGCUUCGUCUGGCAAUGGACAUCUGAGCAUAGGUGCUUCCGGUACUAACUCUGCCAAAAUAAUUGCCGGCCACGAAAGUAUUGGUUCUGUCUCAACUGGUUCACAGCAUUCCGGAUCUGCUCAAGCUGGUUCUGCCAAGAUCACAGCUGGACGUGGUACAAUCGGAUCCUCUGGAAGCAAGGUGGUUGCCACCAACACAGGAAUCGCCAGUGCUGGUCACCUCGAUGUGGGUGCAACUGGAGUGAGUGCCAUGAAAGCCACCUCCACGUAUCAUAAGGCAGAAUCUUCGCAGGUCUCAGCAGGACAUGUAAACAUUGCAACUGGUUCUGCCUCUCAUGGAUCAGGAUCUGCUGGACAUCUGAGCAUUGGUUCAUCAGCAGCUGGCUCCCAAGGGGUCGAAACUUUGAACAACAAGAAUUCUGGAACCACUUAUUCAACGAAAACCGAGUCAUCCAAGUUCAGUGCUAGUCAAACUCACGUAAGUUCUGGAUCUGCAUCUAUCGGAGCCUCUGGAUCACAGGCAGGACCUGCCCAUAUCAAAACCGAAAACAAGAAAGCGGAAAGUGGUUUGAGCUCUGCUUCUAUCGGAGCUGGUCAUCUGAAUAUCCAAUCUUCGGGCGCUACCAUUUCUGGAUCUUCCCAAACUGCAUCGAACUCCGGGUCUCUAGGGGUUGGACAAUUGAGCAUUGGAGCUUUGGGAUCCACUGGCUCCGGUUCCAAAGUACCUUCUUCAUCGUCUCUCGGUGUUGGCCACCUGAAUAUAGGAGCCAUUGGAGUAUCUGAUUCCAGUUCAAAGGAAACAUCAUCUGGCCAUUUGAGCAUUGCAUCAUCCGGUACCUCAGGAUCUACUAGUUCUGGAGCAGGAUCUUCAAAGAUCAGUGCUGGACAUUUGAGUAUCGGCUCCUCUGGAAACACCGCUUCCAGUACUUUGCACAACAGUGCCGGAUCGGUUUCUCUUGGAUCUGGUGGCCUGACUGUCGGAGCCAAUGGACACAAGUCCUCCACCGCUGGGUCAGUUGGAUAUAGUGGUGCCCACCAGGCUGCAUCUCUGGCCCACGGAGUGGCCAGCGGACUGCUCGGGCCUGCGGCCGGUUCGGGAAGUCUUUCUAUCGGAGGGAAUACUGCAUCCCAGGGAGCGAUCGGAGGCAGUGCCACUUCAGGGGGCUACCACAAGGGAAGUGUCGGUCUUAGUCUGGGCGGAAAUCUAGGUGCCAAUUCUGGUAGUGCCGGACUUAGCUUUGGCGGCGGUCACAUCGGUGGAUCCAUCAACCGAGGAGCUGGCCUUUUCCUCGGUCAAGUAUUUUGCUAUUACUUUUGCCUUUUGCAAUGCCGAGAGGUUCUUAUAAAAGCCGGCAUCGUUCUAGGGAGCACAGUUAGUGAGCUGCAGGCAAAGGUUCCGAUGCGUCUGUUUGUAGUGCUGAGUGUUUGUGUGGCUUUGGCCUCCGCCGGAGGAUACGGUGGUGGCGGAGGCGGUGGCGGUGGAGGAUACGCCGGGUCCUCCGCCUCCUCGUCUGCUUCAGCCGGUGCGAUUGGAGGCGGUAAACUCGGCGGAAGUUAUGGAUCCGGAGGUCCCGGCUCCGGGGGUCACGAAUCUGGCGGCUUCGGCUCUGGAGGAGAUUUCGGUGGAGGCCUAGGAGGCGGAUUCGGCGGUGGCAGCGCUGAUGCCUCGUCGAGUGCGGGAGCUGCAAGCGGAGGUCUGUCAGGCGGCUCCGCCGGAGGACCUUUCGGAGGUGGCGCAGGUGGUCACUCCGGCGGUGGAGGCGAUAUUUUCGGCGGAGGUGGUUCCAUUGGAGGAGGACAUUCUGGCGGAGAAGGCUCUCUAGGAGGCGGCCAUUCCGGAGCAGGAAAUGGAAUCGUUGGCGGUCCUGGUUUCGGAUCUGGUGGAGGAAUCGGAGGUGGAGGUGCACACUCCGGAGGUGGCGCUCAUUCCGGCGGAGGCGGAUUCGGUGGAGGAGGUGGACCUUUGAUCGGACCAGGCGGAGGACUUGGCGGCGGCGGCGGACACUCUGGAGGUGGCGCUCAUUCCGGCGGAGGCGGAUUAGGAGGAGGAGGUGCAAUUGGAUCAGGUGGAGGAUUCGGCGGCGGCGGAAGCUCUGCUUCUUCAGCUGGUGCUAUUGGUGGCGGCCACGGCUCUGGAAAGCCAGGAGGCGGCGGAGGUCCGGGCUUUGGACCAGGUGGAGGAAUCGGCGGUGGAAUCGGAGGAGGUGGACAUUCAGGAGGAGGAAGUCACUCUGGAGGAGGCGGUCACUCUGGAGGAGGAGGUCACUCUGGAGGAGGUGGACUUAUUGGAGGAGGUGGUCCCGGAUUUGGCCCUGGACCAGGUUUCGGUGGUGGCUUCGGACCUGGAAUUGGGGGCGGAGCCGGUGGCGGACUCUUUGGAGGAGGUCUUAGCGGAGGUCACGGCCACAAGCACGGUGGUCAUGGAGGCGGUGGUGGAUACAAAGGUGGAUCAGGAGGCGGCGGUGGAUAUGGAGGCGGUGGCGGCGGCGGCGGCGGUGGUGGCUACGGAGGCAAACCUGGAGGAGGUGGUGGCUAUGGAGGCGGACCUGGCGGCGGUGGUGGUGGUGGUUACGGAGGUAAUGGUGGCUACUCGAGCGCCUCUGCUUCUGCCAGUGCGUCUGCGAGUGCCGGCGGUGGAGGUGGCUAUCACGGCUAGAUGCAGUUACUCGAAGUCUAAUAAUUCCCCAAAUCGAUUAAAGUAUUACGCCAAUUUCAAUAAAAUUACGAGUUUUUUACAACUCAACUAAACUUUAAACAA